AUGCGUGCAAUGUUUUUUGAGAUUCGCCAUGAUAUCUGCACUAGUUCAGUCAUCAGCUACUUCUAUCCAUUCUUAUUCCAAUUAUAUGCUGAAAAAGAUAAGGACAGAGGAACAAAAAUCGACAACUCCUCCCACGAUGCAACUACUCGUAUAUCAUUAUACUUAACAGUACGUACUAAAACGUUCCUUAUAUUAUUAUCAUUAUCGCCUUUCGAAAUUAAUGAUGAAGAUAAUCCUCUUGAUAUUAAUGACGAAGAAAAUACAGGAAUUCAGCCAAACUAUCAGGAGAUUGACAAACCGAAAGAUUCUAUAGCACUACGUACUAGAAGUGCCACAAGACAACUCCCCAAAUUCCUCCUCCAGAAAUAUAAUUUCCUUUCAUCGGGAAUGUGGAAAACCCGAGAAUAUCUACAAUAUGUUGAAACAGUCAAAAUUGAAAGAAUUAAUGCAAAACUGGUCAUAAUGACCCGAAGGCAAGGAACGGUCAAACCGGAGACGGAAUCUCUCUGGGAAAAAAUAAGGCAACAAUGGGAAGAACUAUUACAGCUGUUGGAAAAUGGAUUUGAUAGAGCUACAGAGUUGAUACAAGAACAAUCAACAAAACUAUGUGUCGCUCGGAAAUUGAUCUGUAUUGGUGUGUUUUUAUAA